AUGACGGGAAAUCAAAUGAAAGAUGUGGACACUACGCCACAAGUCCAGAUCGUCAAAAAAUCAAUGUGGCAAAGCAUCGCCGCCAAUCCUAAAGUUCUCUUCAUCGCAUUCUUCGCAUCACUCGGUGGAUUUGAAUAUGGCUAUCAACAAGGUGUCCUUGGUCAAAGCCUAGUCAUGUCGAAAUUCGUGGAGAAUUUCCCAAGCGUUGUUCAGUCUUCUACAGCUACCGGCUGGCUCACCUCGAUCCUUCAGCUUGGAGGCAUUCUUGGAUCACUCUCAGCCGGUAUUCUGGGUGAGGUCUUCUCCAGGAAGUAUACCAUGUUCUUGGCCUGCUUCUGGGUUGUUUUUGGAUCCUUUUUGUACGUCGGCGCUACGGCUGGAAAACCAUCCUUGCUAUACGCUGGUCGAUUCUUCACUGGUUUAGGAGUCGGCCUGUUUAGUGGAGUUGGACCACUGUAUAAUGCUGAACUUGCGGCUCCAGAGAUGCGUGGCCUGCUCGUGUCUUUCUAUCAAUUUGCCACCAUCUUGGGCAUCAUGAUUUCUUUCUGGGUUGGAUACGGAAGCAACAACAUCGGAGGCACUGGCGCAACGCAAUCCGACCUCGCCUGGAGACUGCCAUCGAUUAUUCAGGGAAUCCCAGCCGUAUGUCUCGCAUGCGGAAUCUGGUUUAUGCCAUUUUCGCCUAGAUGGCUCGUGAAAAAAGGUCGAGACGAGGAAGCCCAGCGUACACUGGCUUGGAUGAGGAAAUUGCCGGUUGAGCAUGAGCUUGUCCAAGUCGAAUACCUCGAGAUCAAGUCGGAGGCAUGCUUCGAAGAGCGUGCCUUCGCAUUGGCUUUUCCUAAGCUGGCAGAGCGAGAAACCAAAAGUGUCUUCUUGAAUGAACUUGCCCAGUAUGCCAAUUGUUUCCGGAGCAUGGACAAUGUUAAACGUGUCGGUUUUGGAUGGGCUAUUAUGUUCUUCCAGCAGUGGUCGGGUAUCGACGCAAUCAUCUAUUACGCAUCCAAUAUCUUCAAGAGCCUCGGCUUGACUGGAGGCACGAUUGCUCUUCUAGCAACUGGUGUGACUGGUGUUGUUUUCAUCAUCAGUACCGUCCCUGGUAUGCUCGUCAUUGAUAAAAUCGGUCGCAAGCCCAUGCUUCUCGGUGGUUCUAUCGUGAUGUUCUGCAGCAUGAUCAUUGUCGGUGUGAUCGUGUCCCAAUACCAGCAUGACUGGCCCGCACAUAAGGCAGCCGGCUGGACAGCCGUGGCUCUUAUCUGGCUCUAUAUCGCAGGCUUUGGUGCGACCUGGGGACCUGUUUCUUGGACCCUUGUGUCAGAGAUCUUCCCGCUCUCCAUCCGCGCCAAAGGAGCCUCUAUCGGUGCCUCAAGUAACUGGAUCAACAACUUUGCCAUCGCAUUCUUCGUGCCUCCUAUGCUUGCGAGCUGGGAGUGGGGCACUUAUAUUUUCUUCGCGGUCUUUUUGGGAAUUGGUAUCGUAUGGGUUUGGUUUUACUUGCCCGAGACCAAGGGAACUUCCCUGGAAGAGAUGGAUCGUGUUUUCGGGAGUAACGCGGGUGAACAGGACGCCGAGCUAAUGCGUGAGGCACGCCGGGAUGUUGGUUUGACUGAUUUCCUCGAACGGAUGGGCGGUGCCACUGGACGCGACCUGGAAAAGAGUGAUUCUCAAUAUAUUGAGAGCCUGUAA